AUGAUCAGACUGAGGAUCUUAGAGUGCGCCAUGAUUCAGAAGAAGUUCUACUACCUGAACGAUUCGUUCUAUUACGUAAUGAAGAAGCGGAGGACGUUCAGCAACAUGCAUCAUUUGGUGACUUGCGAUUGUCAACCGACCCGUUCGUUCGACUCGAUACACACACCGAAGCACACCGUGAUCCUCGAUCGUGGUAACUGCGUGCUUCUUCUAAUUUCAGGCGUAUUUAUCAAGAAAAUGUUGCCCUCGUACGCUUACUGCAAGGUGUUGGCGUUCACGAUAACUUCCUUUCGGAAGUUGUUUUACGAAAUACUCACCCCGUACGAGAAGAAGGAUUAUCACGCGAAGGCUGCGGGGAUCUACGAAAAGGACGCCACGAAAUGCAGCACCUGCGGCGAAGAGGAGUUCCUAAGAACCGUCUCGAUAGAAACGAAUGACACAAACGUAAGCAUCGAAGACGAAUGUACAAGCGUGUAUUCUCGAAUUCUUCGUAUCGUUACGCUCUCAAAAAUCGAAUCGAACGACAAAAGAGCAACGCCGCAGAAACGGGAGUCUAAAUUCGAGCCCAGACGAAGCAUUUUCAUCACCAACGACGACAACGAUAAAAGGCGAGAGAGUAUGAUACGCAAAGUUUCAGUUCUGCCAGGACUUGUUGACGACAUCGCUGUCGAACAAACAGACGAUCACGAAAUGGACAAGCGUGCAUCUGAUUUUGCAAAGAGAACGGAACGAUCUCCCACUCUCGUCGACUUGAUAUUCGAAGAUCCAUGGGACAGUCGUUUGGAGCAGUUCAGCUAUGUGGAUUACCGCAAUUGCAGAUGCAUAGAUAUGAUUAGUUACGUGUUUUGGAAGUUUUACCAGCACAUCGUACACAUCGACGAUCCUGAGAAGUUAGUCAAGUUCAUGUUGAACUAUAGCGCUGGCGCGAUUCAAACUGGGCAGCCUCUCUUUGCGAUCAAGUCUCUAGCGGCCAUGAUCGAGAAUUCCGAUAUCGGGAAGAUGAAGCAGAUCGAAAUUAUAAAUGAACCUGCUAACAAGAUCAAAUACUUGAUUCUAAUGGGGGACGCUUACGCUGCCUACGGGAAUUAUUCUCAAGCGAAGAAAUUUUACACCGAGGCUGUGAUACUGAGGGGUCGUCUGCCGCAGAACAGCAAAGCGAUCUGUUGCAGCAUCAUGCUAGAGCAAAUACGGUGCAACGUGUUAAGUUUUCUCAAGCACAGUGAUCACAAAGACUCGAGGGAGAAAACUGUGGAGAAGGUAGAGCUGGCUAUCGCUUUGCAACGACUGGCUGUGGUUUCGAUGGCGCAGAACGAAACGAAGAUGGCGAAGCUCGCCAUUUUGCAAAGUCUUCGAAUCAUUUUCGAGAGCCGAGACUGUUUCCUGGAGAAAGGGGAGAUUUAUUUAUCCGCGGUGAGAACUUUCCGACAGAUGGGAGAAAUGUACGUGGUGCAUUUGGAGGAACCAAUAUUGUUGACCAUUAAAGAGAAGGCUACCUGGAAGAGACCGGAAGAAGCGAUCUUGCUGGCUCAGAUCUAUCAGACGAUAUACAAAACCAGAAUACUGCAGGGCAAACUGACGGAAGCUAUCGAGAUUGGGAUAAACAUCUGCAAGAUAUGCAACUAUUUGCACUUGAACAAUUUGAAGCUCGCUGUACUACCGUCGCUGAUAGAAGUUAUG